AUGCUUCUUGCCGUUCCGGAAACCCGACGUGAAAUGCGGGCCGAGGAUGAAUCAGUCUGUAAACAAAAGAACUUAGCCCGUAUUGAGCUCAUCAGCAGUGCGUAUCCGAUGGCCGUGCCGGGAUUCGAACCCCGGAUACCUGACAUGCGAGGUGAACGUGUAGUCACUACUCCACCAACGCACGUUGGACGCAUCUGGAUUUUCACGUCUGAACAGGCGAACGUGUUCACACUUGAGCGAUGUGAUUCCUAG